UUGUUUACCCCGGACGAUGCUCCGGCAGCAGCAGUACAUAAGGUAAUAUCAUGAAGUUAGAGAUCUGCUCAAGCAGCGGUAGCAAGCAAGGCACCUAGGAUUCGAGCUUGUAGCCAAGCCGUCACCUCAGCAUGUCGCGAUUUGUUCUCCUCGCCUGCGCGGCAGUGGUGCAGGGUGCCUGUGGCGCCACCCUCAUCGCCUCCCACUUCGCCGGCGGCGUCUACACCUUGUCGUUCACCGGCACAAACAGCAGCGGUGCGUUGUCCAUCACGUCCCAGACGAACGGCUGUGGCACCACGCCGGGCUGGCUCGAGCUGUAUUCCGACACACGCAAGCUGUACUGCUUCGACGAGUCGUGGACGGGCUCGGGCCUCAGUGCCGAGUACAGCGUGGCAAACGACGGCCGUCUGUCCCUGACCGGGCAGAUCAGGACGUCGGGCAAUAGCGUUCACGGUACGCUGUACGGCGGAGCGGAUGGUAGGGGCUUUGUGGCGACGGCCGAAUAUUCGCCGUCGACCAUCACCACCUUCAAGAUGCCCUUCUCCGCGAGCACCAAGGUGCUGCAGCUGGAGAAGUUUACCAUGGCCCAAAGAGGCCCCAACCCAAGGCAGGACGUUCCCCACCCCCACGAGGUACACUUGGAUCCGACGGGAAAGUUCAUCCUCGUGCCGGACCUCGGCGCCGAUCUCGUCCGCAUCUUCAGAAUCGAUGCCACCAGCGGCAAGCUGACGGCCUGUCCCGAGGCCAAAGCAAACCCGGGCGACGGCCCCCGGCACAUCAAGUUCUGGAAGUCUGCCAGCGGACAGGUACAGAAGGCUUACACCCUCAACGAGCUCGGCAACUCCGUGUCGGCCUGGGACGUGGCCUAUCCAAGCGACUCGUCGUCCGGCUGCUUGACCCUGCAAAAGACGCAAACUCUCUCAACCUAUGCGCCGGGAAAGACCGGCGGCUCAACGACCAAGGCCGCCGAGAUCCGCGUCGUCGGCAACUUCCUGUACGCCUCGAACCGCGCCGACCAGACGUUCGGCUCGCAGCAGGACUCGAUCGCGACCUACACCAUCGACUCUGCCACAGGCGCUAUUGCUUGGCUCGAGGCUGGUAAUUCGUACUCGUACUACCCGCGGACCUUUCAGUUCAACAAGGCGGGGACCCUGGUGGCGGUUGGGGGGCAGACGUCAUCGAACGUGGCUAUCAUUGCGCGGGACCCGGCGACCGGCAGGCUGGGAAAGUUGGUCGCAAACCUGCAAGUGGGCCAGAAGGGGAGGGCUGGGCAGGAGGACGGGCUGAGCGCUGUUGUUUGGGUGGAAUGAGUGCAGGAGACGGCCGCAGGUUCAGGUUAUCAGGUUCAAGGGUUGAUUGUGAAUUAUGAUGCUCACCUCAUGCAUGAGAAGCGUCCUUGAACCUGUGCUUCGUACACCCAGAAGGGAAUGCAAGAAGACAGAAAAUUUUGUCUUCCACAUUGCCCCGGCUGAUUCUAGUGCCUUAAGAGCCUUCUGCACUCUGGUCCGAGAGGGUUUGUGGUUGUCAUUCAACAUUCAUGACAUUCAUUACACUGAUACUCGUUGCUUGAACCCCUACCAUCUCGUCUGCGUCCCGAGGGUUUCCUCAGGACCCUGCCCAGUACGUAUACGCAUGCUAC